AAUUAUAUCCAUAUGAUGGUGGCAAGCUGACGCUAACUGUUUAGCACCUGUGCUCAAAACGUGUCUGUUUUGUCCAAGUUGGCCUGCUUUCGUGCUAGUUUUCCCGCGCGAAAAAAUGGGCGCCGACAAAUACAGCAUCCUACUGCCUACAUACAACGAGAGAGAAAACUUGCCAAUUGUGGUUUGGCUUAUCGACCACUACAUGUCUCAAAGUGGCUAUGACUUCGAAAUCAUCGUUAUCGAUGAUGGAAGCCCUGACAACACACUUGAAGCAGCUCAACAGCUCCAGAAGAUUUAUGGAAGUGAGAAAAUUGUACUGAAACCAAGAGAGAAGAAGCUUGGUCUUGGGACUGCGUACAUUCAUGGCCUGAAAAGCGCCACGGGCAACUUUGUCAUCAUUCUGGAUGCCGACCUCUCUCAUCAUCCAAAGUUUAUCCCAAAGUUCAUCGAAAAACAGAAAGAAGGCAACUACGACGUGGUCUCAGGCACAAGGUAUGUUGGUGAUGGCGGAGUCUAUGGCUGGGACUUCAAGAGGAAACUCAUAAGCCGUGCUGCCAACUUCCUGACACAGAUUCUUCUGAGGCCGGGUGCGUCGGACCUGACAGGAAGCUUCCGGUUGUACAAGAAAGACGUGUUACAAAAGCUCGUGGAGAGCUGCACUUCCAAAGGCUACGUCUUCCAGAUGGAGAUGAUUGCACGUGCUAGGCAGUUUGGCUGCACGAUAGGCGAGGUACCUAUAAGCUUUGUCGACCGAUUCUACGGAGAGUCCAAAAUGGGUAGCAAUGAGAUCUUCCAGUUUGCCAAGGGUCUUCUCUACCUGUUUGCCACGACGUGACCUGUUCAACGUCAUCGUUAGUGUGCCAGUGGAAAAGUCUUUGUGUCCUGUUUUUUGAGCCCAUUGUUGUGUGGCGGCUAAUGUGAUGUUACUGAUUUUUUCCGGUGUUUACAAUAUUUUCCUAAAAUAACCUUGUUUUACGACAAAUAAAUGCCCAAAGAUGCA